UUGCCAGAUGUGUAGCUCUUUAGUAAUGUUGACAGAGCUUAAUAUUUGUAUUUUUAUUUCUAACAGGUUUUUUGAUUAAGGAUAUUGCUGCCACAUUGGCAUAUUAUGUCCAAAAUUAGACAUAACUGGAGUAGAAAUACAAGUAAUUUUGAACAUUUUAAUGGGAUUCAGAAACUUGACUCUCUUUAUGUUAUACCAAGUAACUUAACAUCCACUCCUUUAAGAAAUGGCCACAACAAAUGUCAAAAUAUGAACAAAAAUGAAAGUGUUUUGAAAAAGCCAAAAAGAGAAUUACAAAAAUUGCAGAAUGAUAGUUUUGGACUUUCAAAUGACUCAUGGUUUGAAACAAUUCAAGAAGAUUUGGAUCAAAUAGAAAAGGCAUACUUCUGUGGUCAAGAUAAUGAAGAAGACAUAAAAAAUUCCAUUGAAUUUACAAACAAUAUGUCUCCCAAGUCAGAAUCCAAAGAUAUUUGUACAGAAGAACUUGUAUUAAAAAGAAAACUACCAAGUGCAAGAAAACAUAAACAAAAUAGACAUUUGUCAUAUAAUGGUGGAAAUUGUGUUAUGCAUGAAAGUCACAAAAAGUGUAAAUUAAACUGUGCAUCUUUUGGUCUUGAUAACUUGGAUAAAACUGAUCAUACGAUACUAGAUUUUACUUUGAACAGGACAGAAAAAAGUGAAAACAUUUCUACUUCUGUCAGGCAUGAUAAUGAAAUAAAACAGGAAGCUAUUAGAGAAAUUGAUUCUGUAAAUAUUGAAGAUGUAAAUAUGGUGCAGCUCAAUAUGAAUAAUUAUGAAAGUGAUAAAGUUUUUAAAAAUUCAGAAAGGCAAGAUGGGAUGGUGUUGCGUAUGAAGAAUGCCUUCAAAUUAAAUGCAAAAACCCCUAAUUCCAGAAAAAUUUCUGUGCAAGAUGCAGUAAGAGAUGCUAGAAUAGCUUUAGCACUUGAGGAGGCUGAGAACAAUGAAAACAACAAAAGUGAACAUGAAACAUUUUAUGGACUUCCAAGAAACUUUAUGUCACUUUUAGAGAAACAUCGUGGGAUCAUAAAACUGUAUGACUGGCAAAAGGAAUGUUUAUCUUUACCUGCAGUUAAAAAGAGGAAGAACUUGAUUUACUCUUUACCAACCAGUGGAGGAAAGACUUUAGUUGCAGAAAUUCUGCUCUUCAGAGAGAUGAUCUGUCACAAUAGAAAUGGGAUUUUUAUUCUUCCUUAUGUAUCUAUUGUUCAGGAAAAGGUACGAGCUCUGUCUAACUUUGCUGUGGAUCUUGAUUUUGUGAUUGAAGAAUAUGCUGCUAGCAAGGGUCAGUAUCCUCCUCGUAAGAGACGAAAAAGACGUUCUGUGUUUGUUGCUACCAUUGAAAAGGCUCACUCAUUAGUGAAUUCUUUGAUUGAAAAUAAAAGAAUAGAAGAGAUAGGCUUAGUUGUUGUAGAUGAAUUACACAUGGUUGGUGAAGGAGGAAACCGUGGGGCUAUUUUAGAAAUGACUCUAGCUAAGCUAAAAUAUGUAACUGAAAAUACACAAAUAGUUGGCAUGAGUGCAACUUUAGGGAACAUGUCAGACCUUCAGCAGUUUCUUAAUGCUGAUAUAUACUGUGGAGACUUUAGGCCUGUGGAACUUCGUGAGUUUGUAAAAGUUGGAAGAAAGAUAUGGGAGGUAAACCCGAGGGCAAAGAGCAUAACAGAAACUUUGAAGCUUUCACGUUUUUUUAAUUUCAAGUGUACUCCAGAAAUGAGACGUCAAGAUCCAGAGGGAUUGGUGGGUCUAGUCCUUGAAGUGGUGCCUUCAAAUUCCUGUUUGAUCUUUUGUCCAACCAAAAAACACUGUGAAAAUAUUGCUCUAUUAUUGGCUAAGCUUCUGCCCAAAACACUAAAAAGUCACAAGACAGAGGAGAAAAAAGCUCUGUACAAAGCUUUCAUUAGUGAAGGUGGAGAGUCGACGUGUCCUGUACUGAGUCGUUCCCUGCCUUAUGGAAUUGCUUAUCAUCACAGUGGAUUAACAAUGGAUGAGAGGAAGUUAAUUGAGGAGGCUUACACAAUGGGUACACUGUGUUGUCUAGCUUGUACAUCAACAUUAGCUGCUGGUGUAAAUCUCCCAGCUAAAAGGUAUUUCAAUGGUGAUGAGUUGUUACCAGUUGGUGAUGAUGUAUUACCAGUAUAUAAUGUUGAUAUUGAAUUGUUACCAGUUGUAGAUAAUGUUGAUAUGGAAUUGUUGCCAGUAGAUAAUGUUGAUAUGGAAUUGUUGCCAGUAGAUAAUGUUGAUAUUGAAUUGUUGCCAGUAGAUAAUGUUGAUAUUGAAUUGUUGACAGUAGAUAAUGUUGAUAUUGAAUUGUUGACAGUAGAUAAUGUUGAUAUUGAAUUGUUACAGGUACAGGAGUUACUUAACUCCUCAGAAGAAGUCUGUCAAAGUAGUCUGAAUUGUGAUGGGGGGAAAGGACUACAGAUGCUUGUUCUUAGUCUAGUUGGACUGGAAGUUACCAAAACUCUGAAUGAAGUACAGCACUUCUUUGAUCACACACUGUAUUCUGUCCAGAACAAGGAUAUGGGAGGAAGUGCUGAAGAUCUGGAGCAUUCUGUUGACACUUUGGUAGAAUCAAAUCUUAUAAAGAAGAAAAGAGAUCCAGAGAAGGGUGUUGAUGUGCUAGAAGUUACUCAUUUGGGCAGUGCUACUUUUAAAGGAGGUAUUGACUUACAACUAGCUGGUCAGUUGUAUAAAGAUCUGUAUUUAGCAAGGAAGUCCAUUGCACUCAGUUCACAUCUUCAUCUGUUGUAUCUUGUAACUCCAUGGGAUUUUCUAGAUGUUAUCAGGGUUGAGCCAGAUGUUUACUUCACAGUGUAUAUGGCCCUUCACCCAGAUGAACAAGAUAUUGCUGAACAUAUUGGUGUUUCUGAGUCGUACAUUGUACGGCUGGCUAGUGGAAGAACCGUAAAGGAUGUCAACCAACAAGUAGCACAUCGGUUUUAUCUUGCCUUAAUUCUAUAUCAACUGUGGCAACAGAAUCCUGUUUGGAAAGUUUCCAACACAUUCAGACAACACAGGGGUACAGUUCAGAAUCUACUGACUAGUGCAGCUAGCUUUGGUGUCAAUGUUUAUCACUUUUGUCAGGAAUUUCAAGAGUUUUGGGGUUUACAAGAUCUUCUUCCAAACUUCGUGAAGCAAUUAUCUUUCUGUGUAGCAGUGGAACUGAUUCCUCUACUGGAGCUGCCUGCAGUGAAACAGGGUAGGGCACGCCAGCUUUAUGCUGCCGGUUUCAAAACUUUGACUGACAUUGCUAUUACCACAGCUGAAGAACUAACACAAAAAGUGGAUCACUUGUCAAAAAGAGUGGCCAAUCAGAUCAUUGCAGGGGCAAAGAUGUUGCUGGUUGAAAAAGCUGAAAUCCUUCAAGAAGAAGCAGAAGACAUGAUUGCUGGUUUGAACUCGCAGAAAGCAAAGCUUUGAUGACUAUUUUAUUUUAAAUAUUCCAAUAUUUUUAAAAUUACACGAUGAUGAUGAGACAACAUUGAAAAGUUUUAAGUGAAUUUAUUUAUAGUUUAUAAUUAAAAGAACCAUCAUGUACUUGUGAAAUUUUUGUAUUAUCAAAUAUACAAACACUGUAUCAGAUGAGCAUCAAUAGGACUGUAUCAGUGGUGCAGUAAUAGAAAAAGAAGUUGGUAAACUUAGUUUACCCUGACAUACACUGCCAGGUAAUGCAUGUUUAAAAGUAUAAACUUUAAGAGAAGCUUUUUAGCUGGUUGUAGUCUGUAUAUAAUAAGGGUUUUAAGUAAUUAAAUUUCAUUUUCUUUUCUCACAACUUGCUGUGUAUAGUGAAUGGUUGAUUUAGUUGUAGGAGUUAAGGGUUUGAGCACCUUUCUUUUCUCACAACUUGCUGUGUAUAGUGAAUGGUUGAUUUAGUUGUAGGAGUUAAGGGUUUGAGCACCCAC